AAAGGAAGAAAGAAAAAAAGAAAAAAAAAAAGGUGUGAUCGGUGAUUUUGGGGUUUCCCUAAUUCUCUCAGAUUUAGAAGAAAUGGCGGCAGAAGAGGGACAAGUGAUCGGUUGCCACGCGAACGAUGUAUGGACAGUGCAGCUCGACAAAGCCAAAGAAUCCAACAAGCUGAUUGUGAUAGAUUUCACUGCUUCGUGGUGUCCACCAUGCCGUAUGAUUGCUCCAAUUUUCACCGAUUUGGCUAAGAAGUUCAUGUCAAGUGCAAUCUUCUUCAAGGUGGAUGUUGAUGAACUUCAGAGUGUUGCUCAAGAGUUUGGAGUGGAGGCAAUGCCAACCUUUGUGUUCAUGAAAGCCGGCGAGGUUGUGGAUAAGAUCGUUGGUGCCAGGAAGGAAGAACUUUUAGCGACUAUUGUGAAGCAUACUGGUGUGCCACUGCUUAAUUAAAUCAAUAUGAGGCACAAUAAUUAUAACAUUAAGGUCCAACUUGUUAUCUUAAGUUUCGCUAAUCGCUGUGGGGAUAUUGUAGAUGGAGAUAUGAAUGAAGUUAGUUGAUCGCUGACUGUUUAAGUCUGCACCAUGUUUUAUUUA